AUGCAUAUCUCCCAAAAGCUCGCCCUGGCGCACGAGAACAAGAAACCAACCAUCUCGUUCGAGUUCUUUCCGCCCAAGACCGCCCAGGGUGUUCAAAACCUCUACGACCGAAUGGACCGCAUGCAUGAUCUUGGUCCGGCUUUCAUCGACAUUACUUGGGGCGCAGGAGGGAGACACUCACAACUGACCUGCGAAAUGGUCAAUGCGGCACAAAGUCAUUACGGGUUGGAGACCUGCAUGCAUUUGACUUGCACAGACAUGGAACGCACUCAGGUGGACGAAGCUCUUCGACUAGCCUACAAGGCGGGAUGCACGAAUAUUCUGGCCCUGCGUGGAGAUCCACCCCGAGACCAGGAAAAAUGGGAGGCAAAGGACGCCGGCUUUCGCUAUGCAAAAGACUUGGUGAGAUACAUCAGGGCCAGGUAUGGCAAUCACUUUGACAUUGGAGUCGCUGGCUAUCCUGAAGGCUGUGACGAUCACCGAGAUGUUGAUCUGCUCGUCGAACAUCUCAAAGAGAAAGUCGACGCGGGAGCAUCUUUUGUUGUUACACAGAUGUUUUACGAUGUGGAUAUCUUUUUGGGUUGGGUGCAAAAGUGCCGCGAUCGCGGAAUCCACGUUCCAAUUAUCCCUGGCAUCAUGCCAAUUUCGACCUACGCCGCCUUCAUGAGGAGAGCCAACUGGACCAAGUGCCAUGUUCCCCCUGAAUGGUAUGAGGCGUUGGAGCCCGUGAAAAACGAUGAUGCUGCGGUUCGAGACAUUGGAAAAGUCCUCAUCGCGCAAAUGUGCCGCCGGAUUCUGGAUGCUGGCAUUCUUCACCUUCACUUUUAUACCAUGAACUUGGCACAAGCCACUCGCAUGAUAUUGGAAGAGCUGGCUUUGACGCCUGAAACUUCGGGCCGGCGGCUGGAGAAGCCGCUGCCGUGGCGGCAGUCUCUUGGGUUUGGCAGAAGAGAAGAAACUGUCCGACCUAUUUUCUGGCGGAACCGUAACACUUCAUACGUGGCGAGAACCGCCGAUUGGGACGAGUUUCCCAAUGGACGCUGGGGUGACAGCAGGAGUCCUGCUUUCGGUGAGCUAGACGCAUAUGGAAUUGGGUUGAAAGGGACCAAUGAGGCCAACAUCAAGCUAUGGGGAAAGCCCAGGUCUCUUCAGGAGAUCAUCACGCUCUUUGUUCGAUUCGUCCAGGGUGAUUUGGAUAAAUUGCCCUGGAGUGAAGGCAGCAUCUCGGCAGAGGCUGACAGCAUCAAAUCAGACCUGAUUGGUUUGAAUCAAAGGGGUCUCCUAACUAUCAAUUCGCAACCAGCAAUUGAUGGUGCCCCUUCAUCUCACCCUGUUUACGGAUGGGGGCCGCCUGGUGGCUGGGUCUACCAGAAGGCAUACCUCGAGUUGCUCGUCUUUCCGUCCAUUUUCAACACGGUCUUGGAAAGACUCAACGCGAACGAGAAUCUAACGUACUAUGCUGUCAACCGCAAAGGUGACCUUCACACCAACACCAAGGAUGAGGGGCCCAACGCGGUGACUUGGGGCAUUUUCCCCAACAGGGAGAUUGUUCAGCCCACCAUCGUCGAGACAGUUUCCUUCUUGGCGUGGAAAGAUGAAGCUUUCAGACUCGGACAAGAUUGGUCAAGAUGUUAUCCGGCCGGUUCUGGACCACGAAAGCUCAUUGAGAAGAUGAUGGACGAAUGCUACCUCGUCAAUAUCGUCAACAACGAUUUCCACCAGACACAUGAGAUCUUCAAAGUGUUUGAAGACCUGAGGGUGCAAGAUCUCGACGCGGUCUUCGAAGACACUCCUGUUGAUCUUCACAAAAACGGCACACGAGAGGUUCUUAAAGGUGAUACGCCAGUGACUGAUGUCGAAAAGAGUAUCCUCAACAGGGAUCAACAAAAGGUCCCCUUCCAGACGACCGGUGGUGGUCUGCCAAACUAA